GAUCAUUGAUCUGAUUGAUGUCAUCGUUUUCACAUGUGAUAUUGGUCUUUAUUUUGUGCCACCCUUGAUAUUGAAAUCGUUUUUGCUCAACAUACUACCCUGCACAAAUGGCUGGUCAACAACAAUCAUCGUUUGGCAAUUUAAAUGAUGAAAAUGCCAAUCCAAAUGUAACAAUGGCCGAAUUACUUCUUGGUAAAGAUCAUCGACAAAAAAUUGAACAAUUGAAAGAUUCAUUCAAAAUAGAAAAUAAAGAUUCCAAUCAAACUGAGCAUUUGCCAUCUACGGAAAUAUUGGAAGAGAGAAAUGUCUUUAUAUUGCAAAGUAAAAUCAUUACGCUUGAAUCAAGAAUAUUCACUUUGGAAUCGCAAAAUAAAGCCAAUCGACAAGAAUCUCUUCGUUUAAAAUCCAAAAUAUCGGAAAAAAAUGAACAACUUUGGAGUGUGCGAAGAUUGGAUGCCAUCAAAGAUGAGAAAAACCAUGAAUUAAUGCAGCAGAUUGCUUCAUUGCAAUCCCAAUUGGAAUCAUCUGUUCGUUCGAAAGCGGAGACAUUGGAAAAAAAUGAACAACUUUCGAAAUUGCAAAGAACGCUGAAAGCAAAAUUAGAUUCUGUUCAAAGAUUGAAUACCAUCAAAGAUGAGAAAAACAAUGAAUUAAUGCAAAAGAUCGCUUCGUUGCAAUCCCAAUUGGAAUCAUCUGUUCGUUCGAAAGCAGAAACUGAUGAUGAUGGUUACGAUGAUGAAACUUCCAAACAACGACCAUUUCAGUGUGAUACAUGUGGGGCCAGAUUUAAAAGAAAUUAUCUUUUGGAACGUCAUCAUCUAUCACAUUCAGACAGACGUCCUUUCAAAUGUUCAGUGUGUAAAACCAGAUUUAAACGUAAAGAUGAUAUGCAACGUCAUUAUCGAAGCAAACAUUUAUAAAUGUGAUUUAAAAUGAUUGAU